AUGAGAUGCUUGCACGAGGGCCAACCCGGGUGGGUCCAGCUGAUAGCAGAUGCACGCCAGGAUGGAAGAUGUAUUGAGGACAUCGAAAUUUGCAAAUAUGGAAGCCGUUACACACGUGGAAAACCAUGGGGUGAGGCAUGCGGUCGCUUUCGCCAGAGAAAAAAACCCCAAAAAAACCCCCCAUCAAGACCCGGUCUGCCCCCCCCCCCCCGCAACCCGCCCCUCCCCCACACAACAACCCCCCCGCCCCCCCCGCCCCCUUUCCCCCCGCGUCCCGCUACAUAA